AUGCCGAGCGUUUUGACUGGCCGUUUUUGGUUUUUGAAGAUGGUUUUAGUGGUUGUGGUAGUUGAUGGUUGUAGCGACAAUGACGACAACGACAACGGCGGCAACGACGAAGGCGACGACGGCGAUGACGAUGACGAAGACGUUUCAGUGAAACAGAAGGGGAAGGGGAGGGACUGGAGGGUAAAGGGGAGGAGGAGAGGGAGGUGGUUUUGA